AUGAGGAGGCUAGUAAAAAGGCAGUCCAGCUUAUUUGCAAACCUGAAGCUUGGAGAGAACUUAAAGUUAUCCCAAACUGUGGAAGAAGAUGCCCAUUCAUACCCCUUUGCACAAGAUAGCUCAGUAAAGCAGUGGUAUUCCACACAUGACGUUGGGCAAAGCGGAAAGCAUGAAGAGCAUGUCAGGGGGGAGGAAGGGUCCUCCCCACCUGUAGCCAAACAAAAACAGGGCGUUUUAAGCAUAAAUGUUGGAGGAAAAAGCUUUGGAAUAGCUUACAAGGCUGUAGCACAUUACUCAAAAACAAGAUUAGGAAAACUUGCAACCUGCUCUGAUCCUGUGAAGAAGCUGGAAUUUUGUGAUGAUUAUUCAGUGCUUACUAAUGAAUAUUUCUUUGAUCGUGACCCCUACAUUUUCUAUCAUAUCUUCCAUUUCUAUCGGAGUGGGGUCUUAUGGAUCAUGGAUGGGUUGUGUCCAGAAAAUUUUAUGGAGGAGAUUAGUUACUGGGAAAUCCCCAUCAAGUACUCUCAGAAAUGUUGCCGAAUACUGCUCCAGGAGAGGCAGGAUGAAGUGAACGAAUGGGUCAAAAUCCAACGGGAACUGCAGGCUGAACUUGAACCUCUGGAAAAAGAAGAGCAUUUUGAAGGGAAAUAUCUUGGGGAGCUUCGGAAGAAGAUCUGGAAUUUGGUUGAAAAUCCUUACUCGUCUAUUCCUGCAAAGGUCAUUGCAAUUCUGUCUAGUCUUUGUGUUUUGAUUUCUACUGUGGCAAUGAGUUUAAAUACUGUGGAAGAGCUACAUUACAAGAGUGCGUCAGGGAAAACAUACAUGGAACAUGUAGAAGUUCUGUGCAUUGUGUUUUUUACGAUUGAAUACCUACUGAGACUCUUAUCGACUGCUGAUGUUACAAAAUUUCUAAAAACCGCUCUGAAUACAGUAGACCUCAUUGCCAUACUGCCGUUUUAUGUUCAAGUUAUAUUCGAAUAUUUUGCUGGGGGGUCAGACAGCCAUUACCAAGAAGAUAUACAUAAAAUGGAGAGUGUUGGUCAGCUCAGUAAAGUAUUAAAAAUCAUACGACUGACCCGCAUUUUUCGCAUUCUAAAGCUAGCUCGACACUCAAUAGGACUGCGAGCAUUUGGAUUCACUUUGCGACAGUCCUAUCAACAGGUUUGCUGUCUGUUGCUAUUCAUCGCCAUGGGGGUCUUCACAUUUUCUGCUCUCAUGCACUCUGUUGAACAUGAUGUACCUGGGACAAAUUUCACAAGCAUUCCUGACACGUGGUGGUGGGCAGCGGUCAGCAUCUCAACAGUUGGCUAUGGAGAUACAGUCCCUGGAACUCUGCUUGGACGUGUUGUGGCAUUUCUUUGUAUCUCCUUUGGAAUUAUCCUGAAUGGGAUGCCCAUAUCCAUCCUAUAUGGAAAAUUUUCUGACUACUAUAUCAAGCUGAAGUCACACAGACCUACUAAAAACUCCGACAGGAAUGAGAUUCGCCUCAAACAACGAGCUUUACAGAAGUGCAUUGACUGUUGCAGAGGGCAAGACCGUAACUAAAUUAGUAGGAUAGGAAAAUUGCUUCAUGCUAGUCCUUGAAAUAUGACAUAGGGUUCUAGUGGUCAUUGAGCUAUUUUAGUAUAUUUUAUAGUGAAAAUGGUUCCAUAUCACCUGGUUAGCUCAACUGGUCUGAUUCACCAAUCAGUCACCUAUUAUUUUAGUUUUUUUAUUCCCUAUUUAGUUCCUCUUGGAGUUUGUCCCCAAGGUUACUCUAUGAGUCAGCUGUCAUUUACAAGGCAGAGCAAGUGGGGGAGGGAGGCGAGGAAGAAAGAGGUGAAUGUUAGUGGGUAGAAACCUGAAAAGCAUCACAUUGCCUGUGGUUGGGGUUUAUUAUGUCCCAUCUACUUUGUCUGCUACCAGUAAUGUUCCCAGGCAACUGCUUAAAUGAGUAUUUGUACUUCCUGUCUCAUUUGCAUAUUUGUUGCAGUACCUGCUGUCUCCACCAGGGGGCAGUCAUACAUAACAAAAGCUAAAUACUGACAAACGGCACAGAGAUGGUCUCCAGACUUUCAUCGUUGUUCUAAGAGCCAGGCUUUUGGAACCUGGAUCAUUGGAUGAACUGACGCUGCUGUUGUAGCAAAUAUGAACUGUUUCAGGUAGUCCAAGCUGUUUUAGUAUAGUCCAGGUGCAUCUUCCUGUUUGUGUACCAUUUCUCUUUUUAUUGUCUCCAGUACAUUCUUAUGGUGUAGUAC